GCGACGCGGUCGGUGCUCCUCGCCGAAGCCGCUGGCCCGGUCCGCGCUUGCCAGGCUUCCUCCUCGGCGCCCGUAACAGGCUGACCGGGGUCGGGAAGCAACUUCGAGCGACUUCGGUUGGACAGAGAAGUCGGGAACCCUCGCUUAGAGACUGCCGGGUUCCUAAAGAGCGUUCAGAGAGCCCCAGCUGAAUCGACAUAGCGAGAGGCAUCAACCGCGCGCCUCAGCCGCCCGUCGUCCGUCUGCCUCCCACAGUGCUGGCAAAGUGAAGCGAGCCCGCGCAGAACGAAAUCGAAGCCAGCGGCGAUGACCACGUGGUGGCGGGCGUGGCGCGGGCGCGGCGCGGGGCGCCGGUGACGGCGGCGCGCGGUGCAUGUCUUCCCUGUGCUUCGUGUGCCAGCUGCCCAUCCUCAGCCACCAGACAUGGGGCACCUGGCCACAACAGCCGGACAGCGACACCGAGCCGCAAGACGACGAGCCGGCGGAAGAGGACGAAGAGGAGGAGGACGAGGAAGACCGUGUGGCGCUGCUCGCCUCGACGGGAGACAACACUUCCUCGAAGUCGGACUCGGCGGCCUGCCUUACAUCGGUCUCGUCAUCCCUCGCAUCGGCGAUCACCAGGAACUGCCGUUCACCCCAGGAGGCAAGGUCGCCUGGCGACGGCGCGUCAGCCGACAGGGGAUGCCGCAGCCGCCGUCCCAGCCAGCCCGUGGUGACUCCUCAGCGGCGGCGCAGCAGUGCCGCCACAGCCACGGGCGGUCCUCUGCCGGACUGGGAGGGCGGCGGCGACACCUUCCACGAGGACUGCCUCGUGUGCGAGACGUGUGGCCUGCGCCUGGCGGGCUCCAGCUGGCAGGCGGCGCACCGCUUCCAAAACAAGAUCUACUGUGGCCUGCACUAUGCCGACGUGACGGGCCUGUCCAGCGGCGAGGAGUUCCUGGCCAAGCUACGCGAAUACAAGCGUCAGUCGCUGGGCUGUGCCGAGGCGAGACGCAAGAGCUCCACAACGCUCACCUUUCCCGUGCCCGUGCAGGCAUGCCCGGGCACUCCGUGCGAGCAGUACCCGCACUGCAUCAAGGCGACGCCGGGCUACUGGAUCGAGUGCGCAGGACCCAAGAAGGAGUCGGACGCCCUGCUGGAUGCCGUGGACGGCGCAGACAGCUGCGGCUUGCCAUCCAACGUGUCCGGCGGCCUGGAACUGGUGUCCCGCGACGAGGACACUUACGAGAGGCAUUUCUACGGCAAAGAACACUGGAACUACUUCACCAACGACGAGGCCCUAGGACCCGUCAUCAUGAGCCUCAGGCAGGAGAACAUCAACAACAGGGACCAGUUCAGGGUGAUGCUUCGCACGGUGACCUACAACCUGCACGGCCUCAUCCCGGCCUCGUGCGUGUGCGCCAACCGUUAUGACCGCGAAGCCAUCGUGCGCUGCCUGGGCGACGAGGCGGGACUCAAGCCGUGCCUCACGCUCGGGCAGCUGCCCUCCACGCCCGACGAGCUGCUCAAGCUAGACCAGGUGUUUGUGAAGUCGGAGCUUAAAGUGGGCGUCGUCUACGUCAAAGAGGGCCAAAACACCGAGGAACAGAUCCUGAACAACAGAACCCACAGCGCCUUAUUUGAGGAGUUUCUUUGUCUUCUGGGAGACCGCGUACGCCUUAAAGGUUUCGACAAGUACAAAGGAGGCCUGGACACCGUCCACGACCUGACCGGCACUGAGUCCGUGUACACUGCCUGGAAGAGCAUCGAGAUCAUGUUUCACGUCUCUACCAUGCUUCCGCACGAGGAGCACGACCCGCAGAAGCUUCAGAAGAAGCGGCACAUCGGCAACGACAUCGUCUGCAUGGUGUUCCUGGAGGCGGACAACACGCUUUUCUCACCGGCCUGCAUCAAGUCGCACUUCCUGCACGUCUUCAUAGUCGUGCGAGCAUCGCCAAACAAACCGCCCGGAGCGCACACCGUCUACGAAGUGUCCGUAGUGUCCAGAGAUGAGGUGGGCGCCUUCAAGCCGUACCUGUGGCAUCGAUCAGUCUUUCCCAAAGGAGUACAGUUUCGAGAGUGGCUGCUCACAAAGAUCGUUAAUGGGGAACGUACAAGCUACUCGGCGCCCAAGUUUGCAAGAAUGCAGGACCGGACACGCAGCCAGAUGUUGGAGGACAUGGUGACCAACCUGCAGAACCACGCAGAAACGGGCCAGAUUCCGAAGCCUUACCGGCGCGGAUCGUGGCGCCCCAUCGGCCACAUGCGACCCUCGUCUCCGCUGCUGGACAGUGUGCGCGACCCGUUCGAAGGAUACGACCAGCUCGCUAGGGACUUCGCUAAGAUGUUUCAGGGAACGCGCCAGCUAUGCGACGUCGUCUUCAACGUAGGACAGGGUAAAGACAAGACGAAGGUGUACGCCGUCAGAGCCAUCUUGGGAGUCCGCAGUCGCGUGUUUCUCGAGAUGCUGUACGGAUUCAGUACGGGCUUUGGCCUUGGCGUGACCGGAACGGCUGACACCCCUUCCAAGGUGGUCAGUCCAUCUGGCCCAAAGUCGAGCAACUAUCUUCAGGUACCGGACAUCCACGAGAGCCCGCGCAACAAGAGCGCUCCGUCCAGCCCGAUGAUGAUUCGCGCCUUCUCCCGCCUCGGAAACUGGACGGGCUGGAGUUCCCGCAGCAGCAGUAAGGACUCUUUAAUACCUGAUGAUAUCGGGGGCCUCAAGCGCUGGCAGAGUGAGUGCAAUUGCAAAGAGAAGGAGAAAGAGAAAAAUACUGCGAUGGCGGGGGCCACAGUAACGCUGAGCGUUUGCGCGGACGCUCACAAGGUGGACAGGACCAAGCUGUGUCAACACGAGUUCAACAUCAUCGAGUUCGACAGCGACACGUUCCAGCUGCUGGUGGACUACCUGCACUGCGGCACGUGCCCGCUCAGCUGCGAGUCCAUUCCGGGCCUGAUCUGCGCCGCCGAGCACUACGACCUGCCGGAGCUGCUGCAGGCCUGCUUCCACCACGCCAAGCAGCACCUGAGGCUCUCGGUGGUCUGCGGCAUGCUGAACGUGCUGGAGAACUACUACUGGCGCUACACGUCGGCGACCGAGCUGGUCAACAUGAUACUGCAGUUCGUGGACACGCGCGCAUCGGCGCUGUUCGCGGGCCAAGACUUCCUCGAGCUGUCCGAGUCCAUGUUCCAGACCAUCAUCGGCCGCGAGCUCAACAUACCCGAAGUCACGAAGUUCGAAGUCAUGCUUCGUUGGGCCACACACCACGUGAAGACCAUCAACCGACCAGACCCCAGAGAACUUCAGUGCACCAUGAACCGACUAACUAGAGACUUGAAGCUUUACCUCAUACCACCACAAGAGUUGAUAAAAGUGGUCCUCCCAACAAAGACAAUCAGCCAUGAGGAGAUUCUAGACACCCUGCUCUACCAGGCCGACACCGGCAUGUUUCGCGUACGCCGGUCAUACAUAGAGGCUGUCGACAGCCGCAGAGACCGGUACCUGCUCAGCCAGAAGCUCACCGGGUACCGGAGAUAACGUCGUCGCAAACCACUCACCGAUAGCACUAAGCCUGCGGAGACUGCCGGUACUCGACCGCUUCGGAGGCGGCGCACGUGCAAUGUUCGUCGUGAAGUGCCGGAUCCUGAUUUGGUGUUGGAGUUUCCGACCGGCGAAAUUGUCUGCGCGAGAAACGAAAAGUCCGAAACGAUUCAUGCUUCUUGUUGCCCUUAUAAGGAUGAUAAAAUUAGAAAAUUUUCCUUCUCUUUGUUUUUUUUGUUUUGUUUUUGUUUUGUUUUGCUCUCUGAUGCUAAGAAGGAAACCACCGUCGUCUAUGUACCCUCUUUCAUCUAUUGUCGAUAUUCAUGAAAAAUGAGUUCUCCUUCGAUUUAAACCCCUCGCGCUACGAAAACAAAGGGCAUAACUUUGCCUAUUUUUUUUUUUUUAAUAAACGACAUGUGCCAUGAGCGAUAAAUCAUGCUAACGUUUCUUGAAAGGUAGAAGGGCAGGAAUGCACAAUAGUAAGAAGCAAUUUGGUCACCAAAGUAACCGCGAAAAAAUAUAUAUGCGUACUGGAACCUAAUUUCGUUUGUCGAGGCAUGUGGAUAAACUGCUAUCGAAGUACAGGCCCGACCUACAUAGGUAAGACCCCGAUAAUGUUAGAGGAAUAGCAGCUGGCAUCUUUACUUCAGGAGUAAAUAAAGAUUUCUUAUAUCUAUUUCGCCUGUCAGGAGAUAGGCAACGGCAUGUUUCUGCCCAUUCGAACUUGCUACAUCAAGUACAUAAAGUCGACUCAGCAGUAUUUAAAUAUACAGGUGACCAGUCUAGUAUCGCUCACCGAUUCUUCAACUUAGAGCACGCGCGAUGUAUCUGACGUGCCCAAACUUAUUUUGUCACAUCUAUGGACACGUGCCACAAAAGCACCAACUGGCUGACGCAGGCUUCAGCUUUUAAUUCACCUGUUUGCCUCAAUUUAGCGUCCUAAAUUGGCCUCAACAAACCAAAUGCAUUUCCUGUUAAACAUGGUUUGGGACAGACACGUUUAAAUUUUAAGAAUGGUAGCCUUCUCUAAAUGGUAUUCUUUCGUUGCUUCGACGCGCCUGUUCCAGAUGAAGUCUAUCUUUAUGCGCUUCUUGUGUUUUGGUACUGUAUUACGACAUCCGCUCUGCAAUCUACGCUAAGCAUUAAAGCCUGCACUGGUGCUCUAAAUGUAUUUUCUCGGCGGUUACGUCAUAGAAGCUGACGUCUCUGCGGUUUCUUUGGGCUUCUUAUUUUGUUCGAAAGCCGCAUUCCAGCAUUUAAGAGCGGAGGUAGAUCUGCGUAUGCUUUAUAGUACCAGCAACAGUGCAGACAGGAGUGAGAACCAUAACAAGUUCAGAAGGAGUGUCCGCGCUCACUUUCUGGUGACAGGUUUCUUGAUUGUGACAUGUAAAAACGUCAUGUAUAUAGACCAUUUGACGUCAGCACAAUAUUGUUCAGAAUACACUGAGUGUGUAAUACAAGUUGUUCAUAAGUGUAUAGACGUGCAUGCCUGAGUAACGUAUGCAAAAGUGUUGUUAGGCACACAUAGCGUAGCGGAUACCAAAGUACACUCUCAAGAGACAGAAAUAAGAGUUCCCGAAUGGUACACUGACGUACGAUAUUUGCAUGGCUCGCGGUCAUGUGCAGGUUUUGUGCAGCUAAGGUUUUAACGCCGACGAGAAUGCCAGCACAUGUGCAAGGGUCCCAAUUUAGAUUAUUUUAUAAUAUCCCCAUUCCAAGUUCAAGAUGCCAGCAUAGUUCUGAACUUACCUUAAGAAUACAUUCAGGCAGUGAGAGUCGGUGUAAACAUAAGGUCGUAGUUAUAAAAGAAAAAAAGUAACCUAUCCUAAGUGCGCCGCGGGCACUUCACGGACCAAAUACCAUGUGAGAAACAAAAAAAAAAGAUUCAUAUUAUAUUACACCACUUAUUUUGACCGCUUUCAACUUAGUCAAGGCCAGAACGCGUCAGUGAGAUCAAAUGGUGCGUCCACUAGUGAGCCGAGACCACUGGCUACGUUAAAGCUGAUGUAAUAUUGCAGAAGAAUAUUUUUUGAAGAUGUGAGACCCGUUGGUUACUGGCGUAGAAUACUGAGAAUUAAACGCAGUAAAGGCAUUUUUGUACUGUUGAACAGAAUAAGAAAUUUGUGCUACUUGUAUAUAUCACCCUUCAUUAAAAAUUAUAAGGUCGUCUCAGUCACCCUGAUGACCAUGGAAAAGGGCCUAUCUGUCGUUUUCCUGAAGACUGAACAGAAGCAAAGCGUAGUCCUUGUUUUACUUAGGGACUAGUCUGUUGUCAUUCUCCUUGCUUAUAUAAUACAGGACGCGCGAAGCUUCAGGGAAGCUCCUUUAGUCGGUUACUUGCCCCUAAGAAAAUGUUAAGGUAUUACGAGAUUUAUACUUCUAGAGCACAGGGCCACGUAUUUUGUAUCUGGCGACGACGACCGCGCAUGUUUCGUCAAUGGCAUUCACUUACACCGGCGCCAAAGCGAAAUGGGAAAGAGUACCCGUAAACAUAAGCACAAGUGUGGCCUCAUACGAUAAUUGCAGUGUUGUGUCGUAUGCAAGUUCUUCCGCACACACUUGUAGACACUGUGUCAAACUAGUGAACGCCUCAGGGCUGCUGUGUUUCGUGCACAUGUUUCUAGGCACUGAAUGUUACCCUAUUCAUUGUAUAACUGUUCGUUCCUGCAUGCCGGUUCGAUAAAAAGAGAGGAAAAGAAAGAACGAACAAAAGUUGUCUUAGCGGAAAGAAUGGGAAUAGUGAAGAAGCGGAAUCGUUAGUGUUGUUUGCUCCACCGAACGUGCCUCACACGGAUCAUUCGUGCCUUGGUGGAUGUACACACACACGCCGAGUCAACACUGUAUCCGGGCAAGUCAUACAACGUCAGCUUGUUACUCGCUUGCUCACAAAAAUAAGCGCAUGAGCCGUAGCAUAUCGUAUUCGGCGUUCAAGCGACUUCAUCGCCUUUUGCUCCGCUGCAUUCCAUAAUUGGGUAUCUUAUUAAGAUGCCUUUGACGCCAGUUUGUUGACUUCUAAAAUGCGGCAAAUGGGUUUACGCCCCUAAUCUGAACAAAAGAGCUCUCCUACUAGUAUAAAACUCGCUGUUGCUUUUUAGAGGUGAAACGAAAAGUUGAACGGGUAGUUCUGUAGCGAUAGCUGGCGAAAAUUCACUUAGUAAGUAAACAUAGAAUUCGGAGGAUCACACUCAAGGCAACCGUGUGCAACUUAACGGUAAGGAUCUCCAGCAUCGUUUGGUGGUGACAAGGCCCUGAACAUAAUCAGAGCAGUGAUUAAGUAACAUAAGCGUCAUUUGCUUGCACUGAACAAAGCAUUUUCUACUGCAGAAAGGCCUGAAGCUGCACGCCAUUUUCUUAGUACGAACCGAAGCACUAUCUAAUAUAGGGACGAGACAUGACUUUGGAAAUUAUUUUGUAGAGGUACGUGACGUCUUUUAUCACCGCGUUACCGCCGCAUCUCACUGAUGAAGGUCUGGUGCUCCGCCUUAGAGCUUGUUGCAACCUUUGAGAAAAUUCAUCGCGCUUUACCUCUUGUCUCCAAAAGUAUCAAGAAUGGUCGAGGACGGACAGUGGCCGCAGGUUCAGGCAUUAGGUGUCUCACUUUAAAUAGCUGUCAUGCUUGAGGGGUAUAAGACCGAAUCAAUGGCAGCAAUUCACGUGGCCAGCGAGAUUUACUAGCAAACAGGUGGUAUAAUUGCAGACCACCGAUCAAAACUAUUGAUUAGCUGAAAGUUUUUUUUUUCACAGAAAGGACAACAGGCUCAAUUCAUAAAUCACGCAUAGAGAAAUCGGUGCACUUGCACGAAGAAAAGCAUGGAAAGGGCUUGCGGAAGCAACCAUGGUUGACGUUUUGUGCCGCAGAAAACAAGCAUGCAGCGUACUAUCGAGUUGUGCAUUUUUCAACCACCAUAUGGCGCAGGCAAGACACAGGUUCCGAGGCUCAGCGGCAUUACAUGAUGGCGUAUUUCUGUUCCCGAUACCUCUUUUCCAGCUGAACGCGAAAGCUUGGCACUUAACUUCACUAGCAGCGUUGGCAAGCACUAACAUUGAAUUAAGUUCUUGGGUUUCCUAACCUGCAACUGUGCUUUGAGCAAAUCCGUAGCGUAGGGUUCCGGAUAAACCUCUACCGCCCGGUUUUUUUUUAAGAGGAAGCUUUAGCUCGGGCCCAACUCCGACGCGGCCUAUUAAAAUGCAUGUAAAACACAAAAACCUUUUUAUGAGAUAACCCCUGGACCGAUUUUAAUAACAUAUGUUGCAUUUGAAAGAGAAAGUUAUAUUCUAGUGACUGUUGGAAGCGAAAUUUCGAUUUAGGGCUUGAAUUUUCUUAAAACGAUUUUCAAAUAUUUGACCGUUUGAGAAAUAUAGAAGCACGAAGUUUACAAAUUUGUAGCUCUGCAUAAAGAACUGAUAUCGCGGUUCUGUAAACGGCAUCCAUUAGAUCAUUCAAAGCGGACAAAUUUGAUAUGUCAUUUCACAUCUUACGUGAAUUUGUUACGUUGGUUACAAGGGUUCUGCAAAAUCUGUAUUUCCAUAUUACCAAUUUUUUUUUAUAUUCAUGUGUAACAUAUUUGGUCCGCUUUAGAUGUACUAUUAGAUACAAUUCACAGAAUUGUAUUAUCAUUUUUCGUUGUUGAGUUACAGAGUUGUAAACUUGAUAGGUUUGUUUUUUGAAAAUUUUCGAUUUUUGCCAAUUUUUAAUAAAAAAUUGACAACCUAACUCGAAAAUUCGAAAGCAACAGUCACUAGAGUUUAAGUUUUUCUUUUAAAUACAACAAACCUCGUCAAAUUUGGUGUAGUAGUUGCCAAGAAAAACGAAUUCUCCGUUUACAUGUAUUUAGAUAGGAGCACCCGAGCUAAAGCUUCCUCUUAAUGGCACCCCAAAAAUCAUGGCGCUUGAGUGUUCUUGCGCUCCGUGCCCGUCGGAUUGAACCUGCGCCCUCGUGUCGCGGGUCCGACAGCGCGGUUUUCAAACACUAAUGUUUGAAGCAUGUGGCCAUGAGUGGUGCAGGCUAACACUCCCAAAGCUAGAUCUAGUACGCAUGCACUAAUACCUUAUAACAUGGACGGGAGCAAGCCCGACGCGGUGGUUCGAUGGUAACGCAUCGCGCGCGUAAUCCGAAAGGCGUGUGUUAGGCUUCCACCGGCUAGAAGUUGUCUUGUCGCCCACAUUUGUUUGCCUUGUUAUUUCUGCAUUUCGUUUUAAAAAAAGGACAAGAAUUCAGUUCCUCUAUGCGUACCCUUAAUUCACCGUCCAUUUGGCUUCACAUCGCUGUAGCUAAGAAAAUUCUAGGCCCUCUGUUCCAUUCUCAUUCUUACGCGCCCACUGGAUCUGCGUAAGCUGAGUAUGCAUCACGCUUAAAUUCAGGAGGCGCUUAUCGUAGAAAAUCAGUGAAAAAUCCCAUCUUGCCUUAAAAGUACUUCUCCUAUAGAGAACUCGUAUCAUAUUUUUGGCUGCUAUCUUAGGUUUACAUGCGCUGCAGUGAAUUGGGAAACUUUCUGCUGGCACCAUUUGAAGCACACGUUGUGGGGCUCGAACGCACUGAUGCAAAUUCUUCUUUCACUGAAGCAUUGUGUAGUAAACAAGAAGUGAUACACGGUUGCCAUAGGUAUCCUCCUCCGAUAGACCGCAUAAUCUGGAGCAAGAGACGAUACUGCAGCAGCCUGUCGUGAUGCUUACCAGUGCUGCAUAAAUGAUUGCGAUGUCCUUGAGAUAACCAAAAAUCUUGAACAGACUUUACCAAGGCUGAUGUGUUGACGUCCACCGAGCACUGCAAUUUCAUGUCGUAUGUUACACGUGCCUAUCAAGGUCGGAGAAACAGAGCAAAUGUGUGGUUUUGGUUUCUUUUUUCUACACUACUGCCACAAGCUCAAGAGAAAAAAAAAAGAAAUAUACACAUGUUAUGAUGCACGCAACCGUACAUUUCCCUCCCGCAAAUAAGUGCCGCAGCGCGGAACACUGAACGUAACAGAAAUGUGAUGUUGACGUAAACUGAUAUUUUUUUUAAACGACGCCAUCGGCGAACGGUUAGACUUCAACUAACGCCAAAUACAGGCGCGGUGCAGUGAUACACGAUGCUUAGAUCUACGUGAACCGAUUGUAAACGAACGUGGGUCUGUAAGUCUCGCAUAUGCAAUAAUUCGUGCUCGUUUUCACAGUAUGGCGCACAAAAUGAGACAUUGAGAAAUCAAGAAACAGUGGAAGCAGGCCUAUGUGUACAGAGUGUGCGAAAAGUCACCGCCUACUUAAUAUUUUUAUCUUUAAAUAUUACGCACGUAUUUCAGUCUCAAAUGUAACACAAGGUAUAAGAAAACAGCCUGCGCAAUGAAUGAUGUAGCCGUAGAACAUGAACGCAAAACAAACACACUGCGUAUUUUUCUUGUGCCUGCUACGUCUAUCCGCAUAGUUCAAGUGCUUUUAUAGCAGUGCUUGGCCACCACGCCUGACCAUUGCCGACAGCACUCAGAACUGUCCUCUUUAGCUUGGUGCGACAGAAGCAGGCAAUUUUUGGCAUUCAGAUUUCUCGAUGUUAAGAUCAGACAAAUUGCAACCUCCAUAGGAACUUUAGCGUGACUAUGUUUUUCUGAAUUGUUUUGCCCAGGUGUGGAAAAACAUGCCUAGAAAAUGAACAGAAAAGGACAGAAAAUAUUUCUUAACAAUAGUAGUGAUUCAAGGAAGCGCAGUGAUUUGUUCUAGCACAGAUUCCCAUGAAAGCAUUUUAGUUGGCUAAUAAAUGAAAAAUAAAGGCACGAACUUUAGUAAGGUUACUGCACACAAUGCCUAAAGAAACAGUAUUUCUAAGCGUCGCCAAUGAUGCUAUCGCUAUCGUCUUCAUCUCGCCAAUACGGCAGCUGUGGUGGGAGCACGUCAGGUUAGAACUUUCGAAACACAAGCAUCAGCUAAUACAGUUCAGUAUCAGCUGUAGUAGAAUAAAACCGUACAGAUAUUUUUUAUCAGAGUGAAAGCCGCCUGCUAACAUUCAAACUGGUGCAGACAUAAGCAUUAGAAGAUUGAUUCAAUACACUUGUUAUACACGCUAGCGUAAAGGUGCUUUGUGUUAGUGAGUAGUCGCUACCACUUAGAAUAUCAUAAAUUACUCAGACAAGAAUAGCAAAGUUCCUCCGAAUUUUCGUGGCAAACCUUGGGUUUUUACUGCGCGCAUUCAUGUUCCUGCGGCUAUGUGGCACGAAAAUCACGAAAGUGGCAUACUUAGUGAAAAACAGCUUUAUUUUUAGAUGUCUAAAGUGCUACGUAAGGUUACAUCUUCCACCUUGCUUUCUUUGAGCGAUGUUACGAGCACCAAACAAACAGACCUACGCAAAGUAACACAUCAAAUUUUCAGCAAUAGCGCACCGCGCCUGCCUGACGAGGAUCAGCAGCAGCCCUGGCAUACGUGAAAGGACCUGUCAGCCACAGAAGUUCGGCGGCUACAGCUGCGAAAAGAAAAACGUCAAGCUACCGAACUUUUCUUUUUCGCUAGUGUUCUCGGUGUUCUGCGCUGCGAGCACCGGUAGCCAGCAAAAUGUGAAAGCAACAAAAAAAAAAACUUGUUUGAGAGACUUGUGUAAAUUAUAUGCAGAAAGUUGUAUAUGCAUAUGUUGUAUGUAGCGCUAUAUGUCAGAGUAUUUUUCUGUGGAGCUGUUGUCGUUGCCAGCUGUUGUAGUUGCAGAAGGAGAAAAAAAAACUACUUACUGGAGCAGACGUCUUGGAGAGGCAGAGAUUUUAUAUAGAAGACUGUUUUAUAAAUAGCGCAGUGUAGAUAAAUUCAUCGGCCCUAGAAGGUCUGUCGUUGGUCAUAGAUGUUUUAGGAGUUGUUGAUGGCAAAAAAAAAAAGGUCACUGAGUGAGUUACCUGAACAAAUUCCUUUUCUCUGCACGGGAUCAUCGGCCCUUUAGUACUGAGGCUGAAUCAUUUUCUGCCCAGGGAAAGGCCGCCGUUUUUCUCCUCCUGGCAAGAGCUCGACAACUGCUUUCAUUGUGCCCCUAUGUGUUCGAAGCAAAUGAAAAGUACGUGACACUGUCCAAGAAGCACAUGUUGUACAUCGCUGUUUCGUCGGUGUGUACUAUAUCAGUAUUUUUUUUCUCUCUCUCUCGUUUGUGCUCGAGCAACUCACCGAAAGUGUUCUUCUGAGAAAGGCGGUUCUGUAUGUGUUAUCGAUUGGAAAAGUAACAACUUCACUGAAACUUUUCAUAGCACUUUUCAGUGACUAAAUAACUGGACAAGUGUACACCGAAGAAGUUUACUAUUCAAUUGUUGACUGAAAUUAGUGACAUUAUAGAUGUUUAUUCAUGUUUUGAAUACUCAACUCUAUUGGGGGAAAAGAAAUGCGAACACUUGGGCGUGCGGUCCGAGAGUAUUGCCACGCCCUCUACGAGCAAGUUUCGAAAUCUGCGCGCGUGAACAGUAUCUAACCCAACGGCCUAGUCACACUAGAGCCUAACCUUUCAGAAUCGUCAGUUAGAAAGAGCAGCACUUCUCUCAGACAGCAUUGUCUGGAGUUCGCGUUUCUUAUUAACGCACCUGUACUUUGCGGCGUUUUAUAUUUUCCUAAAUAAUUCGCGAUUUCGUAAAUUGUGCCAACCAUCGCACAGGAGGAGUACAUAUAAGCGGCACACAGUGUGGUUCUUGUUUGAUUUGUCUUUUAUCUGUUCGACUGAGUGCAUGUAGUUGAAAUUCUGUUCCACAUGAAGUGAGACACGUUCUCUGUAUUUUCUAGCCACUCUGUGGAAGUUACGUGGCAAUGACUUUCGCACGAACAUUGCAAGUGUAGGGUUUUAUCACCCCACCACCCCAUCCCCUAUAUUAAUGCAAGAAACAACACCUCGCUUCACAUAUGGCGUUCUUAGUCCCUUCUCUAAAGAACAGUGACAGCAGCUGAAAACAGUUUUACUGGUGUGGCAAGUUAGUGUUCACUGUGUACUUCACCCUCAUCUCUGAAACAGAAAUGUUGAGCUGGGAAACCAAAUCAUCCAAGCACAUCCCCACCGCAAACGCCACACCCACUGAACUCAACGCGGUUUCCGAAUAAAUGUAUUUUGGUACAUA